CGCUGUCCCGCGCGGCGCGGCGCGGCCCGGCGGACUCCAUUUCCCGUGGUGCCGCGCGGCGGGCGGCGCUGGCGGGGGCGGGGGCAGCUGCUGGCUCGGAGUCAGGCUCAGGCCGAGGCGGCGGCGCGGAGCGAGCGGGCGGCCUGGCUCCGUCUUGCAGGCCCGGGCGGUGCUAGCCUGGCGGCGCCAUGUACAAUGGGAUAGGGCUCCCCACUCCCCGGGGCAGCGGCACCAACGGCUACGUCCAGCGCAACCUCUCGGCCGUGCGGCACAAGAAGGAGCGAACCGACUACAAGUCGGAGGAGGAGCUCAGGAAGCUGGAGUCGUCUCUGGUUAAGAAGCCCAACCAGGAGAUCCUGGACCAUGAGCGCAAGCGGAAGGUGGAGCUGAAAUGCCUGGAGCUGGCCGAGCUCAUGGAGGAACAGGGUUAUGCUGAGGGCGAGAUCCAGGAGAAGGUGGCGACCUUUCGGCUCAUGCUCGUGGAGAAGGACGUGGCUUUGGGCAAGGAGGGGGAGCAGCAGCCUGAGCAGAAACCAGCGGUCACAGAGACCCACCAGCUGGCCGAGGCCAAUGAAAAGAAGAACGAGCGGCUGAGGGCGGCUUUUGGCAUCAGCGAGAAUUACGUCGACGGGAGCUCGUUCGACCCCAACCGCAGGGCGAAGGAGGCGGCGGCUGCCAAGCAGCAGCAGGAGCAGCAGAAGCAGUACGGCUUGGUCCGUGAGUCCAGCAGCUCCCGCUCUCCAUCCCCCAAGCAGAAAAAAAAGAAAAAGAAGAAAGAUAGAGGCAGGUCAGAGAGCAGAUCCCCUUCUCGAAGGGAGAGGAAAAAGAGCUCUAAGAAGAAGAAACACAGGUCUGAGUCAGACUCGAAGAAGAGGAAACACAGGUCUCCCAGUCCCAAGAGCAAACACAAAGCCAAGGAGAAGAAGAGGAAGAGAUCCACCAGCGAGUCGGCAUCGCAGAAGGGCCGAAGAGGUCGCUCGUCCUCUCCAGACUCUUCCUCCUCCUCGGACAGCUCGCGGAGCAGGUCCCGGAGUGUCACCACUCAGAAACGGGCUUCCCGGCCCAGCGUGAGCCCCGCCGCGCCGCCGCGGAGGAGAGCUGACCCCGAGGGCGCCCCAAAGGAUGCCCCCAAGAGAGAUCACUCAGCAUCCCCCGAGGUCAGCCGGCGUGCACAGAGUGGCAGCCCCCGGGAGGGUCGAGAUAAGCGAGAGAAGCAGUCUUCUCGGCGCUCCCCCCGCCAGCGUUCCUCCUCCCUGUCGCCCGUCUCCGAGGGGAAGCAGAAGGACAAGGAUCACCCCCGGCAGCCAGAGCGCAAAUCCACCCCCACCCCGACCUCGGCGCGUGAGCCACGCCCGCAACGCCGCUCCCCGUCCCCUGAGCCGGCCCGGGAGAGGGCCUCGUCCGGCCACAAGCGCCCACCCUCCAAAGAGACCAAGUCCCCCCGUUCCUCCUCCCCGCCUCCAAAAAAGCCAGUGGCUGAUCGCCCCAAGAGCCCGUCGCUAGGGGCUGCCCCCUCGGCACCGGCCACGACCCGGAAGGCCCCCUCCCCCCAGCCAUCCCGCUCAGGCUCUGAGAGUGACGAAGACUCCUCCUCCUCUUCUCCCGAGCGGGAUAAGCCGGCCCCAAGCAGGCAGGAGAAAUCGAGGGGCUCCCAGCGCCGGGACCGCUCCAGUUCUUCCCCGGAGCCCUCCCAGCCUGCUAAGGCUGCCCCCAAGCCCUCGUCCCGGCGUGAGCGAUCUGGCACCCCCGCGAAGAGCGCCAAAACCCGCUCCCUCUCAAAGAGAGACGCUAAGUCACGCUCGCGGACGCCCCCUUCUCGCAGGGAGCGCUCCCGCACCCCGCCCCGCCGGGGAGGGCGUUCCCGCACCCCGCCCCGCCGGGGGGCCCGUUCCCGCACGCCACCGAGACGGGGCCGGUCCCGAUCCCGGAGCCCCCAGUGGAGAGGCAGGUCCCGGAGCCCCCAGAGAUGGGGCCGUUCCCGUUCCCGCACUCCACCCAGGUGGGGCAAAUCCCGUACGCCCCAGAGGAGGGGGAGAUCUCGCAGCCCUCAAAGACGAGGAUGGUCCCGCUCCAGGACACCCCAGAGGCCUGGCUGGUCUAGGAGCAGGAACACAGCGAGGCGGGGUCGGUCUAGAACCCCGCCCCGGCGAGGCAGGUCCCGGUCUAGAACCCCGCCCCGGCGAGGCAGGUCCCGGUCUAGAACCCCGCCCCGGCGAGGCAGGUCCCGGUCUAGAACCCCGCCCCGGCGAGGCAGGUCCCGGUCUAGAACCCCGCCCCGGCGAGGCAGGUCCCGGUCUAGAACCCCGCCCCGGCGAGGCAGGUCCCGGUCUAGAACCCCGCCCCGGCGAGGCAGGUCAGGGUCCUCUCCCAGGCGGGAAAAAUCACUGAUUUCAGCCAGGAGGAGCCGCUCUGGGUCGUCAGCUGAGAGGAGGAAGAAAUCCAGGCUGCUCCUGCGGAGGAGCCGGUCAGACUCAUCGCCAGAAGUAAAGCAGAAAUCCAGGAAAGUGUCAAGACGCAGCCGCUCCACAUCGUCCCCUCGGCUACGGAAGAAAUCCAGAUCAUCACCCCGGAGGAGCCGCUCUGGCUCAUCACCUCGGCCAAAAAAGAAAUCCAGAUCUUCCCCUCGGAGGAGCCGGUCAGGGUCGUCUCCAGCGCUGAAAAAGAAAUCCAGAACGCCGUCCAGAAGGAGGAGGAGGAGGUCUGGAUUGUCUCCGGCACUCAAAAAGAAAUCCAGAACACCGCCUAGAAGAAGCCGGUCUGGAUCGUCUCCAGAAGUGAAGAAGAAAUCCAGGUCAUCCCCCAGACGAAGGAGAUCUGGAUCUUCUCCAUUGGCGAGAAAGAAAUCCAGAUCACCACCGAGACGAAGCAGGUCUAGGUCUUCGCCAGUGUUGAAGAAGAAAUCUAGAUCACCGCCGAGACGAAGCAGGUCUAGGUCCUCACCAGUGUUGAAGAAGAAAUCUAGAUCACCCCCGAGACGAGGCAGAUCUGGGUCCUCUUCAGUGGUGAAGAAGAAAUCCAGAUCACCACCUGUGAGAGGCCGAUCUGGGUCUUCUCCAGCAUUGAGAGAGAAAUCUAGAUCGCCCCUGAGACGCAGCAGAUCUGGAUCAUCUCCAGCCGUGCGAGAGAAAUCUAGAUCGCCCCCGAGACGCAGCAGAUCUGGAUCAUCUCCAGCCGUGCGAGAGAAAUCUAGAUCGCCCCCGAGACGCAGCAGAUCUGGAUCAUCUCCAGCCGUGCGAGAGAAAUCUAGAUCGCCCCCGAGACGCAGCAGAUCUGGAUCAUCUCCAGCCGUGCGAGAGAAAUCUAGAUCGCCCCCGAGACGCAGCAGAUCUGGAUCAUCUCCAGCCGUGCGAGAGAAAUCUAGAUCGCCCCCGAGACGCAGCAGAUCUGGAUCAUCUCCAGCCGUGCGAGAGAAAUCUAGUUCGCCCCCGAGACGAAGCAGAUCUGGAUCAUCUCCAGCUGUGCGAGAGAAACCAAGAUCGCCUCCGAGACGAAGCAGAUCUAGAUCCUCACCAGAACAGAGAGAGAAAUCUACAUCACCUCCUGCGAGAGGCAGGUCUGGUUCCUCUCCUGGGUUGAAAAAGAAAUCCAGUUCUCCUCAAAGGCAAAGUGGGCUUGGAUCUUCACCAGCAGUGGAAGGGAAAUCCAGAUCUUCUCCAGGGAGAAGCAGAUCUGGAUCCUCUCCAGAAUUGAAGAAGGUGUCUAAGACCUCUCCAAGACACAGUGGUGCUGUGUCUUCUCCAGUGGUGGAAGAGAAAUCUAGCUUGCUUCCAAGAUGUAGCCAGUCUGGAUCCUCUCCAGAACUGAUGAAGAAAUCCAGAUCGCCACCUGCGAGAGGCAGGUCUGGAUCCUCUCCAGAACUAAAUGAUAAAUCUAGCUCACCACUCCCAAGGCACAGCCAAUCAGGAUCUUCUCCAGGGCCAAAAAAGAAAUCCAGAUCACCUCCAAGAUGUGUUAAGCCUGGUGCCUCUCCAGUGGUGAAGGAAAAAUCCAGAUCUCCCCAGCCAUGGCAAAGCCGAUCCGGAUCCUCUCCAGAAGUGAAAAAGAAGUCCCCAUCUCCGCCCAUGAGAGGGGUCUCUGCAGAGCAAGCAAAAUCCAGAUCGCCUCCCUCAUUGAGCGGACCUGGAUCAUUGUUGACACUGAAAGGGAAAUCCAGUUCGCCCCCAAGACGCAGCCGAUCCGGAUCCUCUCCAGGGUCAGGAAGCAAGCUUGGGGCAGUUUCAAAACACAGCAGGCCUGUGGUUUCUCCAGAAGCUACAGAGUUAGUGAGGAUUUUAGCAGGUCAGGUCAAGCCCAUGUCUCCUGAGACAAAAGACAAAUAUGGAAUGUCCCCAAGAAGGAGCAGGUUGGGGUCGUCCCCUGGCAUCAGAGAGAAAUCCAGAACACCUCCAAGCAGCUCGGAGUCUUCUCCGGAACGGGCAGAAAUAUCCUCAUCACCUCUGAGACGCAGCAGAUCUGGCUCACCCCCGAGGCCGCGAGAGAAGUCCCGAUCGCCCCCGAGGCCGCGAGAGAAGUCCCGAUCGCCCCCGAGGCCGCGAGAGAAGUCCCGAUCGCCCCCGAGGCCGCGAGAGAAGUCCCGAUCGCCCCCGAGGCCGCGAGAGAAGUCCCGAUCGCCCCCGAGGCCGCGAGAGAAGUCCCGAUCGCCCCCGAGGCCGCGGGAGAAGUCCCGAUCGCCCCCGAGGCCGCGGGAGAAGUCCCGAUCGCCCCCGAGGCCGCGGGAGAAGUCCCGAUCGCCCCCGAGGCCGCGGGAGAAGUCCCGAUCGCCCCCGAGGCCGCGGGAGAAGUCCCGAUCGCCCCCGAGGCCGCGGGAGAAGUCCCGAUCGCCCCCGAGGCCGCGGGAGAAGUCCCGAUCGCCCCCGAGGCCGCGGGAGAAGUCCCGAUCGCCCCCGAGGCCGCGGGAGAAGUCCCGAUCGCCCCCGAGGCCGCGGGAGAAGUCCCGAUCGCCCCCGAGGCCGCGGGAGAAGUCCCGAUCGCCCCCAAGACGCAGCAGAUCUGGCUCAUCUCCCAGGCCUCGAGAAAAAUCCCGAUCUCCUGCAAGGUAUGGCAGUUCUGGUUCAUUUCUGAGAUCUAGAGAGAAAUCCAGAUCGCCUGCAAGGUACAGUAUAUCCGGCUCGUCCCUAAGACUUCGAGAGAAAUCCAGAUCUCCUCCAAGGCGUGGCAGGUCCGGCUCAUCCCCGAGACCUCGAGAGAAGCUGGGGGCGUCUCCCAGAAGCAGCCGCUCUGGGUCGUCUCCAGAGAGACCCAAGGGCCCGACGAGGCGUGGUCGGUCCAGCUCCCCCUCCAGAAGGGGGAAGUGGAGAUCUUCCCUGCGGCGAGGAAGAUCUGGGUCGUCGCCCAGGAGAACCCGCUCCCGGUCCAUCUCCAGACGAGGCAAAUCCAGAAGCUCCCUGCGGAGGGACCGAUCCAUCUCGUCGCCCGGCAGGAGCCGCUCGAGAUCCACCUCGCGGUUCUCCCGCCGCCGGGAGCGCUCGCCGUCCUCGCCCCGCCGCGGCAGAUCCCGCACGCCGCCCCGCCGAGCCCGAGCGGGGUCUUCCCCCCGGCGCCGCGGCUCCCGGCAGCCCCGCUCCCGCUCCCCGCCGAAACUGGACGUCUCCCGCACUCCAGCCUCUUCCUACCGUGGCCGCUCGAAGGCGUCACCAGCCAGGACCCGCUCAGGCUCGGGCUCACCGAAACGAGCCGGGAGGAGGUCCCGCUCACCGCCGGUGCUGGAGAAAUACCCCAAAGUGGGAGCGGCUGACAAGACAGCACCAGGCAGAGCUGAGAAGACGUCACCCAUGGUGGUGGUGCCCAUCCGGCGCAGUCCGUCCUGCUCCCCGCCGGUGCCGGACGAGGCCUCCCCCAAAGCCAGGAAAGCCCAUUCCCCUGCCCCCAAGAUCCACUCCCCACGGCCAGAGGGAUCUCUGGGGGCGGUGAGGAAUGGGGGUCCAGCGCCCGCCUGGACCCUGAACUCCUGCCCUGUCGCCCCUGGGGGCUCCCCACCUGCCGGCCGCCUCCCCGCAGCCAAAGGGCCAGAGAAAGUCAGAUCUUCCUCCUCUUCCUCUUCCUCCUCCUCCUCUGCCUCCCACAAGGUGCCCAGCCCCCUGCCCGCCCCACUCCCGGUGCUGCCCCCCAAGGAGGAAGACAGGGAAGGGCCAAAGGUCAAGUCGGAGCCGCCAGCCCCGGAGGGCCCUGGGGAGCUGCCAGACAAAGCCCGGAGCGGAGUCCCCAAGCUGCUGGUGCCGCUGCCGGUGCCCCCCCGCACCCCGUCCAAAGAGAAGAGGAGCUCGUCCACCUCCUCGUCGUCCUCCUCGUCUUCCUCGUCCUCGUCCUCUUCCUCUUCCUCCUCCUCCGACUCCAGCUCCAGCUCUUCGGAGUCCAGCCACGACUCUCCAGCGAGCAAGGGGCCCGACCUGGAAACAGCAAAGAAGGAGCCCCUGAGUCCGGCGCAGAAGGAGCUGGUCCGCGAGGGGCGCCCCCUGGAGGUGGCCAAGCGGAAACGCCGUUCCCGAAGCUCCAGCAGCUCCAGCAGCAGCUCAACGUCUUCAUCCUCCUCCUCGUCGUCCUCGUCUUCCUCCUCGUCGUCGUCCUCCUCCUCCUCGUCCUCUUCUUCCUCCUCCUCCUCUUCCUCCUCCUCUCCUAAGCCUGGGCCCCAGCCACAGCCCAAGGCGGCCCCCAAGAAGCUCUCGCCUGAGCAGAGGCGCUCCCGGAGCCCCCGGAAACCGAUCGACUCCCUGCGUGACUCGCGCUCUCUCAGCUACUCCCCAGCCGAGCGGCGCCGGCCCUCCCCCCCGGAGCCCCCCCCGGCCCAGCGGGAGCGGCACAGUGACAAACCCUCCCAGAGGAGCCGAGGAACCAACAGCCGCUCCCCGGGUCGCAAGCGCAGGCGGGAAACGCCCAGCCCCCCCCACGCUGCCCGUCGCCGAGCGUCCCGGUCGCCAUAGCCCGCGGGGCUCCGCCCAGCGCCCUCUAGCAGGGGCACCGGCAGCAGCCUCCUCUGUUUCCAUUGGCUCCUUCCUUCACCUCCCCCUCCCCCAUUGGUCGGCGGCUACGUCCCGCCCCCUCGGCUGCCGGGGCCCCGCCCCGUUGUGACUCGAAUCUCGUUUUUUUCCCAUGUGAGCGUUUCAGUUUUUUCUCUUCUGUGAGUUUUACCGAUAAAAAAAACCCGACAAAA